AUGGAUAUCAGGAGAAUUAUGGAUAAACCAUCUAGCUCUUCACCAAAAAAAAAGAAGACUAGAGGUGUCACAGCAUUGCUACGUUUCAUUGCCAAACUUCCUGAUGGUGAAAAAUACCAAAUUGAUUUUGAUCCUGAUACCUUCCAACCCAUUGGUCAGUAUGCUGCAAAGUUUAAAAGUUAUUUGUCAUUCAUUGCACGUAGCAAGGUUAGUAUAAAUGAAAAGCAAUGGAAAAAGAUAAGCGAUAAGUUGAAGGACGUGAUAUGGGACGAUAUCACGUGUAAGUUCACUUGCCCCACUGAUAAAGAAUUUAGGAAGCAUUGGUUUGUUUAUAUGGGGGAACGAUUGAAGCAAUUUAAGACAUUGCUCUCAAAUGUCUAUAUAUUUGGGAAAGGAGAUAAGCAUGGAAAUACAACUCCAUUUGAAAAGUAUAAAUUUAUCAAAGAAGAAGAUUGGGAUUUGUUUGUCCAGACUCGACAAAAAGAAGAUUUUCAAGAGAAAAGGCUAAAAGGAAAGACACACUACUGGAAAAACUAUGAUCCCAAUAGGUUACAGGAAUGGAUGAAUGAGCAAGUAGGGUGA